UGCUGUGCAUAGCUCCGUCCUUCUCCCAUCCCUGAACAUGUGUGUCAAAGCUGGAGAUACCGAGCACAGGAAUUCAACGAGUUCGUCAACAAUGAAUGAACGUGCCGUCAAGCCUCCGUCUGAUGUACCCUCCAAACGGCUGUUCCAAAACGAUGCUUUGGACAGAACCUUGUGCGGUUCCAGCAGUACCGACAAAGAGAAGAUGGUGUCGUUAGGGGUUGGAAUGGACGCACACGAGGGGGCUUUGGCUCAGGGAUUGGAGGGACACCAAGAUGAGAAGAACGUGGGGGGGUGCGCGCUUGCUUGCGUGGGCGUGGGUGGGGGUACACAACUCAAAAUGAUGGGCCCGCGAGGGGGGGAGGGGGGUGUUUUGGGACGGGGGGAGCGGGGAGGACAGCAGUAAGCGGGGUGUGCUGUGUUGUAUGCAUACGUUGUUUUUUUUUGUGGGGGUACGGAAGAGCCCAAGGGUACGCACACGACGGGUGCGGGGCGUGUUGGAGUAAACGGCUCGGCAAGUCGUCAGUUUGCAUAGCCGUAGCAGUCCUUACAGUACUUCCCCACAGGUCUCAUGUUCUCCACGAUUAUUAUCCCUUCCUUCAUGUCGUAACGAAUUCUCUCUCCUUUGCGUGUUCCGCGUGCCCUUUCGAGUGGCGUGACUGGUAAAUAUGAUUUUUCCGUCUGUGAGCUGCUUGUUGUUGUUGCUGCUGCGGCUGUUGUUGUUGUUGUUGCUGUUGCUGCUGUCGUUGUUUAUGCAGUAGUCUAGUUGUUGGCACCGGGCGUGCUUGGCACGGUAGAUGCCGUCGGUAUUGCCUCGAAAGGGAAACCUCUCGUUGUGUUCACAAGUGUUUCUCACCCGAUCGGUACCCCUAACUGUUCGAAGAGGAACUAACCGUGCAUUCAAGCUUCGGGCGUUCCUGAGAUACGAUUUGCUACGCGUGCUGUACGUGUGCGUGUUUUUUUAUUGUUAGCAUCGGCCGCGCUAAGCGGUUGACGAAAAUACGCCAGUCGCUAGUGUUGUGUGUUUUUUUGCCGUGUCUUUUUCCUUGGAGCACCCUCGGCGUGCUUCGUCGAACUCGACCGAGCAAUGAGGGGGGUUUUACGCUACACCGCCCGGCGAGGCUUUUCCAUCACACCACAGAAGACAUCAACAGCAAGGUGGUGUGACCAAUCAAGGAUUGGAGCUAUACUGUAAUGCCUUCUACCGGCCAGAAAUGCUGUGA